AUGGAGCGGAACGAGCCGUCUGCGUGGGAGAAGACGCGAACGGCGCAGGUCGUGCCGCCCGCAGAGCGGGCCAUGGACGACGAUAGUCCGGCGGAGAUCGAAGGAGUCCUCGCCCAGCUCCUCCAAGGACAAGACGUAUUGGACAGGGGAGUCGAGAAUCCGAGGAGUGGAGCGGACGGGACUGACGAUGCUGAGCCCGAUGACAGAGCCAAAACGAUCAACGAGAUCACCUCUUCCGGCAUGUUUGCAUUGGACGGACCGCCGGAAGUGUCGGACGCAGAGAAGCUCCGCUUUGCGUGCAAUGCCGUGGGUGGCGAUGGGGCCGAGAACGACCGCAAGGGCCGAGGGCAUGGAUAA